AUGAUGAUUCUCUCCAUCGGUUCUGCCAUUCGUUUUGAGUCGCAGCGCGACGCACUUCUCAAGGUUAAACUUCGGCGGGUCUUUAAUAAAAAUAAUUCAAUUAAAUUAAAUUUGUCAGACCAUUCGCAUAGGCAGUUCAGUCCCUCUUGCAGGGCCCGUUCAUCAUUCUCCCCGUUGAUCGCUCGCCAUAACUUGAUGUCAUCGGCAAACAUGACAGUCCAGUCCAGUCCAGUCCAGUCCAGUCCAUUCAUAAAUUCAUUCAUGGACACGUCAAAACAAAACGCCUUUUCAUGUCACUGCAAUACUCCCCGUCUCAGUAGAAAAGAGCUCGAAUGUGAAAAGUGGGUACAAAUUUGAUAAUGAUUAGGCAUACUGUACAAGUUGGUAACAAUCAGGAUACGGGCAUGACGACUAUUGCGCAUAGGGGGUGGAAUUGAAAGGGGAGGGAAAUGAGCUGGGUUAGCAGGUUGAAGCAGAGACGGGGAAAUCUGAGAAGACGUUGUGGCAGAUGAGAGAGGCCGAUCUGUAAGGGCAAGCGAAAUAGGGUUAUUAUAAGGCGCUUUCAACAGAUCGAUCGAUAGCACUUCGGUGUGAUCACUACGGACGAUUAUAAAAUGCUUGUCCGUACGCGUAGGGCUCAAAAUAGUUCGUCGUAGGGUCGUUGUGGUGGCUUACGAACACUAUCUACACGGACAAAUACGAAAGAAAACGUUAGCAAAUUAGGAUCAGUAUAUGACUUGCUUGCUGGAACGCGCGGAGGCAUGGCCGGAAAAUUUACCACUGCUUGGUGCUACCGUUAGACAUAAUCGGUAGCAUCCAGUUCGAUUAAGCUUUGGGGUGGCCUGAAAAAGUUCCAGGGAAUCCAUAGGGUAGUCCCGUAAACAACUUCGGCAGCGGGGCACUCUAGGUCGGGUUUUAGUGUGGUGCAGAUGCCGAGCAUGACCAAAAAGAAAUGCUCACUCCAAAGAGUGGGGUUAUCAAAUGCCCGGAGCGAGGUUUUAGAUGACAGUGGAAACGCUCAACUAGAAUGUUGGAUGAGAGAUGGCAAGCUGUUGUACGUAUGCGAGAGCACCAGAGGAGGCCUGUAAGGGCCUCAAAAUGUUUAAAUCCAGAUAGCUGGCCUCGGUCGAUGAUAGUAGUAGUCGGGACACCAUAAUGGGAAAUCCAAUGUUUUUAAAAGGCAGAAGAAACAGUUUCUGCAGGGACGUUUAGAAUCGAAGAUGCGAUGGGCCACCGCGUAAAUCAUUCAGUAGCAGUGGACAAAUGGUUGCAACCUGAAGAAACUCUACCAACAAGUGAAUGCAGACAUCGAUUCGCAUGGAGCACUGGUUUUUUGUAGUUGCAAAGUCACAGAGUCUGCUUGUUGGUGUAACAUAUGUUUGUAAGGCCGAUAUUUAAAUGUCUUAGGUGAAAGUUGAAUGUGGAGUGUACUGAAUCCAUACGCGCCCGCCAUUUGCUGAGAAGUCACACGCAGACAGUUAAAAGCGUAAGUCUGCCUUCAUCCUGCUAAAUAUUAUCGGAAGAAAUCUGGGUUUUAGAAAAAAGGUAUCAAGAGAAUCCUACAGAUCUUAAGCAAAAAUAAGGCAAUGGAACCGGAGUCUUCACAGUGUCCAAGCAAACCCUCUGCUUCAGUGGUAGUAACCUUUGUUUUCUUUGUUUUGCGCCAUUCAUCCCUAAGCAAAUUCGCCGUGUCAUCCCUGAUAUCAUAUGGCCCCCUUAUAGGCGGGGUCGGCAGGAUGGCUAGACGGGGCCACAUCCUCUUCAGUUCGGAGCAUAGGAAGUAUUCAGAUGCCACGCGUUUUUAUGCAUCUUUAAAGAUUCACAAAAUAGGUCUAUUUCACGUUGUCCUAUUUUACUGUAACCACUCCCCCUAAAGAUUAUACUGGAAUCCCAGCUAACCAUAUGUCUGAGGAAUAAACCAGAUGGGUGCUAAACUGCAUCCAACUAGCUGCAUUAGUCUAAAGCUCAAACUUAAGCGAAGUGACUCGUGAUCAUCUGCAUGAAUUCCCUGAUGGGUAAAAACUUGAAAGCCUCCAUCAGCACAGGGAAUCUAAAACAGAUUAAUAGUAAAGACACUAUAUGAGCGGCAUUUUUAAGCUGUUGAAGUGCAUUCGAUAAACCUAACCAUCAAUUACCUCUGUGUGGAUGACUCGUGAACCCCCUGAUCUCGAUUUUAAUGGACUGAUAUGUAAGCGGUAAAAGCAACAGAUUACCCCGUGAAGUCUACCGUUAGUGAGCCGAGGGCUCCGUUUCCAUAGCUCAGAACGGUAUUCAUCCGAUUGGGUUCAAACUCGGUUCACAGUGACUUUCCUGUAGGUGUGUAUCUCUUUUACUCACGAGUGGUAACCCAUGGAGGUCACCACACUCAUAUUGCUGACUGGUCUUUUACUGUCGAAAUAGUCGCCCAUCAUUGGCGUAACUUUGCGCCUCUCUCGUUCCACUCAUAUCGCAUUUGCGUAUAUACGUUUCAUGAAACGUCUGCGGACUUUUUCUAAGACAUCCUCAGCUUGAUGAACGAUGCGGUACGCUCUGCAAGGCCGACCAUGCGCCAUUCUGAACAGCGUUGAUCACAGGCUGUGUAAACGUUUUGUAGAUGAUCCUUAUGUAUCUGUCAGCCACUGCACCUGUCUACUGGCCGGCUCGGACAGUGACUGGGGCCUGGGAAUGGGGAGGGGGAAUGAGGUGGACGACUCAGCACAUCUUCCUCACUACAAACAAUCUGACGCGCAUGAAGCUAUCACGUUGCGCUAAAAGCCGUAGUUUGGAAGAUUGUCAACUGACGGGAUAACUUGAACCUCGCAGUCGGCCCAGUGUUUUGUGUUGUAUAGAGUGGCCGGCUGGUGGUCUAAGAGUCAGGUUGCAAUGGCUCCUUCUUAAUGUGGCAUUUAUGGCACUCCCACUCCGUUUGAUCGGAGCCGGGUGUGACGGCACGUCUAUAUGCGGAUUCGGUCGUGCCAGCUCCCUGUUGUUGUUGUUGGUUAAGAAAACCUGGUCAUUUGCUGCGUGGCCCGGGGUGCGUGGAGUGGACCGCCAAACUGCAGGCUCGACCGCGCUAUCCACCUGCGCCCUCCCCCGCCUCCGGCCUUCAUGACUAUGUCUCGACACCGGAUCCAGGUGGUGGAGGAGGAGAGAGUGCGGUAGAUGCGGUGAAAGUCUACUAUCACUAUGAACUAGUUCACGCGCAAGUCACCGUCCUUGGUCACGACGUUGUGGGGCACACGGUGGACUUCGUCGGAAACGACGGUCGAGCUGUCACUGUUUCCUAGUGAAGUGGGUAAUGUUCUAUUGUUCGGGAACCCCUUGGUAUGUAGGCCCCUACCGGAUUUUCCUUGUCGAUGACGCUGCAACCCAGUAACCCCUGUCCGCAGACCACUAGACGCUCCAGGACUGACCUUUUCCAGACUGUCGCAGAUAGCCUCGACUAUAGACAGCCUCUUCCCCCAACCCCGACGCCUUAUGCGGUCAACGCCAACCUACAACGAAAUUGACCGGCGCCUAUGCCGGCGCUCGCUACAAGUUACCUCUUAGGCCCCUACCAUAUGUCAUACCGUCACCAUGAACCCGAAAACGUCAAAAAAGUAUAUCGUGGGCGCCAAGAACACCGAACUGUUCCAGGUUUAUUAAGAAACAGCAACCCUUCUGCAGAAAGCACGUGGAUAAGAAGCUAUGGAGAUAUUUAAGUUUCGGCCCUCUUUUUCUCAGGUCGUCUCAGUUGCCAACCUGGUCCGAUUACGUUCCCUCCCGUAGCCUGCAUGAUUGCACCCCAUUAUCUCACUCAUCUAAUUUUACACUUAUUCAAGACCCAGCUCUUGUAUCCAAGCCCCUGUUCGGUCUGGUCUGGACCUGGUCGGCCGGAUUAGAUAUGCAUUUUUGUGGCCUUCUAUUUCAGAAUAUAAACAACUUCGUGCGUCUUGGGGGUUUAUUCGAAAUAACAAAGACGUGGAGAAUAUCGCGCCCAAAACUUGCCUUUGCGUCGAGAUGCGCCUAACACCUUUCCUAUUUUCCGCUUUGUAGCCUUCCUGACUGCUGUAUGUUGUGCUUGAGCUUUUGCCUUUGUACGUAUGCGUAGUUUUUCUUUUCAAAAUUUCAAAAUCGUCAUGGAGUAAUCCAUUUCUUAUCUUACGGUCUGCUGUUUUAGCCCUCCGUUGCGACUCCCAAUCCAGCCUCACUAAUUGCCAGUUUGCGACCAUCCACUAUGUCGGUUUUGCUUGCCUUUGCGGUGAUUGGAAUAGUCGCCGUGGCUUACCUCGUGUUCUACUUCCUUCGCCCGUUCAUAACCUUCUUCCUGUUACGAUUCUACCUCUCCAAACGGACAGACCUUAAAAAAGCGGGCGAUUGGGCUAUUGUAACUGGGGCGACAGACGGCAUUGGCAAAGCGUUCGCCCACGAGUUGGCUCGGGAUGGGAUGAACGUCUUCCUUAUAAGCAGGUCAACUGAGAAACUAACCAAGGUGGCCGACGAAAUCCAGUCCCUUUUCAAAGUGGAGACCAAGAUUUUCACCGCCGACUUCACUACUGUAAGUUAUUUGCUGUUCCCGCCUUUGUGGCUUAGACUGCUUGCGAAUGGGUAACGUCUUCAUUUUUGUCACUUGACAAUCUUUUAAAAUUACCUCAGUAAGAAAGAUGUAGAAGUAAUGGCUUGUGUUGACAAGUCAGCAAGAUUAACGAGGUCGAUUGUGUCUGCGCUCGUGCAUACUGGCACUUGUCAUGACUGUGAUCAUGCCUGUCCUAGCCGGUGACGACGCGUAAAGAUGUGCGGCAAUGAAAGUGGGAUGCUCGACUAGUGCUCUUGUACAGCUACGAUGACCGAAUACCGAGGGCUCAAGAAGCUUCCGCAUGCCUUAACGGGCCGUGUUGACAACAUUUUGAGUUGGCCUUUUUGACACCUCCAGGUAGUCAGGGGCGCCGGAUCUAGUGCAGCAAUACUGAACUCAUGGGCAGAUGACGAAAAACUUGCCAAAACCGCGUCAGUCGUCUGGUUUGAGAAAAAUGGUGUAACUCACUUCAAGAAUACUUCUUAGGCGACGAUGGUUAAACACUUGGUUUUCACCCAUCUCACACACAACCUAGCACUCACAUGGCAGACCGAACGGAUGCCCGGUUACGCGCAGAUGUUUGUGGUGAUUGCCGUCACGUCGGUCUAUAGAAGCCUUAUAAGGAUUGCCAAACCCUUCGCGUAGCAUUGACUUGGGAAAUAGUGUCGUCCUUACGCUAUUCAUUUGUGGCUAAUCUGACCUUCAGGUAUUUCAGGCUAUACUUUUCUGAGUUGACUGUCAUUAAUCCCUAAGAGUGCCUUUUCCUGAACAGCGAUACAGCUCAAAAACACUUUAGUGUUUCAGUCGUUUGCAGGUAAGCCGACUGAUUUAGACAGCUCAGCCACGCGCGAUACCAAACUCUGUAGGCCAUCACAUUUUUGACGCAAACUACACAGUAGUGUAGUUGAGGUCAGUCAGGCGGCGUGCGGCUGAUAAUUCGACACUGUCAAAAUCGCGUAGGAUGCCUCCGAAACUCCAGUCAAGUCGUAGUCGGACGGAAUGUGUGGCGGAGUGCAACCUUAUCGAAUGCCAGACCUAGCAUCAGACUGCGGGUAGAUAUUGUUGUAUACCAAGACCUGCGUUGUAGUUGAACGGGAUUAGGCUAUGAUUAUGCCGACACACCAUCUAGACUCAUUAGUCACAAGGGCUCAUGGUAGACAGAAUGGAAUCUCGCAGCGUAUAGUGCGUUACCGAUCUGAAGAAAUUUCGGCCGAAAUUCUGAAAUGCGUUUUUGAUUAGGAAGGACUACCUAGGAGGGGUUACAAUGCUGAUUAUCAAGCGACAGAUCCUAUAGUAUUUCGGACUCGCCAGAAUGUCGGCUUUUGAAUGCACUUCCUUUCGACCUCCCAUAGAAGCUACACUCGACAAGAAAUGACUACUUAUGUCGCAUGUUUUUUUUUUCACAUUGAUCUUCGAUGGUCUUAUAAAUCCAAAUAUUUUUUUAUAGAAAAGCCGCACAAAAAAGGCUUUGUUUUGCUCGUUUGGUAGAAAAUAGCACUGUCUUUACAUUUUCUACCCGAAGAAAGCGUAUAUUUGGGUUUUGAAAAAGUUUCUAAUGUCUACGAGACUUAUGCCGCGGUAGUUCUGGCAGUUUGUCUGAUCUUUUUGAGAACGGAUCUAAGAAUGACCAGUCUCCCGUCAUUGGGAACAAGCUCAUUUCCUCGCGCAUGUGUCGAUGACUUCGCUCUGAAAAAGCAGUCACGGGACGCUUCGUAAGAUCAAGAGGGAUGAAACUGCUUCAGAUUAUAGAGAGGACGAGGUGGUUUGGUAUUCGAGCGGGCGUACGCGUCCAAACUGUCCACACCAGUGUUCAACCUUGGUCGAGUUGCCAGCAAUGAAGCUGUUAAUUGCAUCGCGAGCAGUCACUGGACGCAGGGGCGCCACCACUAACUUAACGAGUAAUUUGAUGAAACCUUGGCCUCACUGACAUGUGAGAUCCGUUCCACGGAGGUUGCAAAUCCAUCCCAAUAAAUUUCGUGGUCAUCUCUAGCCGACUUUGCCACUAUUUCCAGUGUUAUUGGAAAGACUCGUUGCUGAACCUGGCUCGAGCUGUGUGGAUAGCCAACUGCAAGAUCAUUGAGCCGAUCGAGUUACUACAAUGCCGAUGGGUGAAUCUGAGAAUCCUCUCGACUGCCUUGUCGACUGAGGGCUUCAAGGACAACCAUUUGCCACUGCUUUCUUCGACCGGGGUUGCGAUGACAGAUUUGCUUCGUGUGUUCAGAGCCUCGACUGUGCUGGGUUGUCGUAGUCUUGCAGCAUUAAUGAGUCUUGCAAGUGAAAAUUGGUAGCGGAUAAGAGGUUGACUUGCAAGCGUGUGCAAAUCAGAACAUAGACUGCGUUUCCAGUUUUGAAACGUGAUGUCGGUCUGCUAUCAUGCGUCCAGCUACGGUACGUUGAACUGACUAAAAUGUAGUCACUCUGACUGACCUUAUGAAAAGUAUUUGACUAGCAGGUCAACAGAUGUUUGCAGAGAUACUGAAAACUUGUGUUGGUGACGAUUAAUCGGUUCCUGUCAGCAGAUUUCAACAUCCUCUUCCCAUUGCUGUACCGAGGACCAGACCCAAAGCGAACAAUGAGAUGACUGGAGAGUUUUUUAUCAGUUGCAGGUAGGUGUCUUUAUGACUCUGGUCGGCAGCUGACGUUGGCGCGUGCACGAAUAGGACGGGUGUUCGUAAAGGCCCCAUAAGUCGUACGUAGGCCAACCGGUCAUUGACUGGUUCUCACGCAAGCACUGUAAUGUUCGAAUGUUGCGAAAGGGAGGUUAUCACACCGUUUCUAACAGAAGGAUCGCUUUGACUGUCGUAAGUAGAGUUAACUCCGCUAGCCUGAGUAUCAGAUUCUGAUUUCAAACAAGCAGCAGACAUUCACGUGCUCAUAAACCUUGCUCGCUGUCAGUGUCAAGGGACAUUUGCACAUCCCAACAUCCAGUGCUAAGCGUCUGUUUCUGAUUGAGUGAUUCAUCUCGAGUACCAUUCGCCUGUACCAGUAGACAAGGGUUCCCGAAAAUCUUGUAAACAAGUUGCUCCCUUGCAGCCACUCGGUCUACCCGUCUGACUUUCUCUCUUCGGGCGCUUUUGCUCAAAAGUCAGACAUCAAGGCGACAAUGACAAAUCGGCUUAUUUAUUGGCGGUUCAGGGUAGCCAUGCCGCAGGGCUGUCAUCGGACUUUGUGGUGUCCGGUAACAGUUGAUAUGAACUCACCGAGUGGCCAGGGAUUAGGUUAAUGGGUGACCACGCCUUCCUAGUCGUGCUUACUUGGUCACUAUGCGCAGUGUUUUCGGCACAACGAAUAUGGCGGGAACCUAAAUUCCAUAUAUCAGUUUGUCCAUCUGUUAUGCCCCCUUGGAAGCUGGUUCUAGCGUUCCUCUUCCCUCGCAUCUGGUCUGUGCCUCAUUAUGCAUGCCUUGUGUAGUCGCUUCUCCUCUUCCCCUUUUAGACCGACUUUUAUGAAAAUUUGAAGCGAAAAAUUGAAGAACUGCCUUCAGUUUCCAUUCUCAUAAACAACGUCGGCACCUCGUACUCCCAUCCAGAUGCCUUGGCUACAUGCGAUGAUCUGACUCUUGAGAAGCUUCAGAGUAUGAUUGUCUGCAACGUAACGUCAGUGACCUGCAUGACCCGCAUUGCCCUACCAAAGAUGCUAAACUCGCCACCACCGGAUGGCGUUCACCGCUACAUUGUCAACAUUGCUUCACAAUCGGGUUGUUUCCCCACCCCUUAUCUUUCUGUGUACGCCGGGACGAAGGCGUUUGUAGUCCACUUUACCGCCUCAUUAGCUGGUGAGUUAUCGGGUACCUGUGUUAAGGUGCAGACCAUUUCUCCCGGCUUUGUGGCGACAGCCAUGGCAGGUCUCAAGCGUCCCACUUUCUUUGCACCUGGUGCUCCCACUUUUGCGGCGUCAGCUCUGUCUAUGUUGGGUGUAGCAAGCGAGACCUGUGGCUACUUUGCCCAUGAGCUGUUCCUAACAUUCGUUCUUGCCCUCCCCAGCUGGCUACGCUCUGUCACGUUUGCGCGACAUAUGCUGAAGAUUCGAGACAGAUACUAUAAACGUCAAAAGUCGAAGAAUCAAUAA